AAGCUUUAAUAAAUGGUGAAAUGUGCAGUUUUACGAAGUUUUAAUAUAUUAUAGAACUUGUUUCAUGACAAGAUAGAUUCAUAAAAUUAUUAGGAUACCUAUACCUAAUUAGCUUAAUUUUCAACUAUAAGUAUAACCUCUAUGGCUGCUAGAAUUUUAAAAACUUUUUUAAGAGCUAGACCAUCUAUUAUUACUAUAAAACGAUUUGAAAGUAAUGAAAAAAAUGUAACUCUUUAUGAUCCGUUUGUGAAUAAACCACAGAAAGACAAGAAAACUUAUUUAGAAGCUAUUAAAAUAUUUGAAACUCGAGAUACAAGAAGAAGAGGUCAUGUUGAAUUUAUUUAUGCUGCUCUUGCCCGAAUGAAAGAAUUUGGUGUACAUAAAGAUCUAGAAGCUUACAAGGCACUGGUAGACGUAUUGCCUAAGGGAAGAUUUAUUCCGACAAAUAUAUUUCAAGCUGAAUUUAUGCAUUAUCCUAAACAACAACAAUGUGCAGUUGAUUUAUUAGAGCAGAUGGAAGAUAAUGGAGUGAUGCCUGAUAGUGAAAUGGAACAAAUGCUAUUGAACAUUUUUGGCCGUAGAGGUAUUCCUCUUAGAAAGUUUUGGAGGAUGAUGUACUGGAUGCCUAAGUUUAAGAAUCUGAGUCCAUGGUUAUUGCCUGAAAAAUUGCCUGAAGAUACUUUAGAAUUAGCAAAAAUGGCUAUUCAAAGAAUUACCUCGGUGGAUCCUGAAGUAAAACUUGAUGUCUGGCAGACAGAAGAAAUUGAAGCAUCUUUAGAUAAGACCUGGGUAGUCAGUGCACAAAGUGAAGUCCAGAAAGUCUUACUUGCUGAACAACCUUCAGAUAUAGCACUUGUUGUAAAGGGACCAUUCAGUGUAUAUAUGAAAGAUCAAGUUGUUACCUAUUUUACCCUCAUUGGUAAAACAAGACCUGAACCUAAAGAUGAUAAGGAUAUUGAUGAUGUUUCCGAUCUUCAAAAACCACUUGGCAUACCUGGUUUUAUAGGAAGUACAAAAAUACCUUCAGUAAAGUGCAGUGUGCAUGAACAAGAUGAUGGCACAAUAGUAGCAGUAUGUGCUACAGGCACCUCAUCAAGAGAUUCCCUUUUGUCAUGGAUAAGAUUAUUGGAGAAAUAUGGCAAUCCUCUUUUAUCCGAAAUACCUGUCAUAUUUACCCUUUCUGCACCAUCAUCUGAUAUUGCUGUUCAGGAAACUCAACCAGCUAAACAAGAAGAAACUACCAAAGUAAACACCUAGAAAAUUUGUUAGGUAGAACUAAAUAUUUGUUAAAAUACAUAUGACAAUGUAUGUGUAUUGUUAAUUUAUUAAUGACCAUGUUGAGCAUCUCAUUAACAUUGGAUAUUAUUAGAAAUGAUAAGACAAAAUAAAUAGAUAUUUAUAGAUAUAAUUGUAAUAUUUUCAGCCUUAUGUCAUUUGUUAACUAAGUAUAUGGGAUGUUUACACCUAUGACUUAAUUAAUUAAACUAGCAUAGUAAGUAAACAUUAUAAACAUAUUUUAUACACAACAGUUUUAGAGAACACACAUUCUUUUUGGUAAUAAACAUAAUCACAUUAUGUCCAUUCAUAAUCUUCGUCCACGUCAAAUGAAAUAGUCCCCCACUGUCAAGUGAUGUUGUGCCAGUCUGCUUGUGGUAGCAAAUAUGUCUCAUUAUCACUUCUUACAACAGUAACACCAGCACCAUAAUAAGGUACAACAUAAGCGGAACCAUCAGAUGGUCCUACCACCUGAAAAAAGUAUAUACAAACUAUUGUUAAUAGGUUUGUAGAGAGGGUAUGAAAAUUAUUUAUUAAUAUAUUUAAUCUUUAUUGCCAAACAGAUUGUGGUAACAUAUAAAAUUUCCUAUAUUGUACUUUACAUAUUAAGAUAAAAGGUGCCAAUUCUGUUUUAUCACUCUCUGGAUUAAUCUAAAGAAGUUUUUAUUUUAAUGUUAAAUCUUUCUAAUAUUUGUACUUCUACAUACUUAAUAUAACAAGUUAACUCUAAACUUAGUAAACAUUCUAAUCUCAUAAUUUAUUAGUUUUCACUUAAUAACUUGUUAUGCUAUUACACAACAACCAACAAAGUAAACAACCAUAAAACCAUACCUGUGCAGCGAUCAAUAUGAUGUCCAAUAGCUGGCCAAUGAACAUGAAUCCUAAAGUACACAACUUAGCUAGACCAAUACCUGGGUAACCCAGGUAAAACCUGUCCAAGCCAAACAUUCCCAAAAACACAGAUAGCAGCAAUGCAAUUUCCAGUGAGUA